AUGAAUUUUGAGAUCCCAACCGAACUCAACGCCUACAUAGAAUCUCUGGAUGCUUUUAUCCAAUCCACCCUAUUGCCGCUCCAGCAUUCCGAUGACAAUAACCGAUUCUUCGACCAUCGCCGAGAGUAUGCACGUACGGAUUGGGAAAAUCACGGAAAUCCCAAGAGGGAGUGGGAAGAAUUACUAAGUCCUGCAAACUGA